AGAAAAUUCGAAGCCUGGAUGUGGUAGGAAAAAUCCGCAGAGAAAUUCAGAACCUCAAGCUUUUCAGGCAUCCUCAUAUAAUUAAAUUCUGGAUGAAAAAGAAAGUCGACGUUUGUUUCAACAAAUCCUUUCUGGGGUGGAUUAUUGUCACAGGCAUAUGGUGGUCCAUAGAGAUUUGAAACCUGAAAAUGUCCUGCUUGAUGCACACAUGAAUGCAAAGAUAGCUGAUUUUGGUCUUUCAAACAUGAUGUCAGAUGGUGAAUUUUUAAGAACAAGUUGUGGCUCACCCAACUAUGCUGCACCAGAAGUAAUUUCUGGAAGAUUGUAUGCAGGCCCAGAAGUAGACAUAUGGAGCAGUGGUGUUAUUCUCUAUGCUUUAUUAUGUGGAACUCUUCCAUUUGAUGAUGAUCAUGUGCCAACUCUUUUUAAGAAGAUAUGUGAUGGGAUCUUUUAUACCCCUCAGUAUUUAAAUUCUUCGGUGAUUAGCCUUCUGAAACAUAUGCUGCAGGUGGAUCCCAUGAAGAGGGCCACCAUCAAAGAUAUCAGGGAACAUGAAUGGUUUAAACAAGACCUUCCAAAAUAUCUCUUUCCUGAGGAUCCGUCAUAUAGUUCAACCAUGAUUGAUGAUGAAGCCUUAAAAGAAGUCUGUGAAAAGUUUGAAUGCUCAGAAGAAGAGGUUCUCAGCUGCCUUUAUAACAGAAAUCAUCAGGACCCGCUGGCAGUUGCGUACCACCUCAUAAUAGAUAACAGGAGAAUAAUGAAUGAAGCCAAAGAUUUCUACUUGGCAACAAGCCCACCUGAUUCUUUUCUUGAUGAUCAUCAUUUAACUCGGCCCCAUCCUGAAAGAGUACCAUUUUUGGUUGCUGAAACGCCAAGGGCACGCCAUACCCUUGAUGAAUUAAAUCCACAGAAAUCCAAACACCAAGGUGUAAGGAAAGCAAAAUGGCAUUUGGGAAUUAGAAGUCAAAGUCGACCAAAUGAUAUCAUGGCAGAAGUAUGUAGAGCAAUUAAACAAUUAGAUUAUGAAUGGAAGGUUGUCAACCCCUAUUAUUUGCGUGUGCGAAGAAAGAAUCCCGUGACUAGCACAUAUUCCAAAAUGAGUCUACAGUUAUACCAAGUGGAUAGUAGAACUUACUUACUCGAUUUCCGUAGUAUUGAUGAUGAAAUUACAGAAGCCAAAUCAGGGACAGCUACUCCACAGAGAUCGGGAUCAAUUAGCAACUAUCGAUCUUGCCAACGGAAUGAUUCAGAUGCUGAGGCUCAAGGAAAAUCCUCAGAAGUUUCUCUUACCUCAUCUGUGACCUCACUUGACUCUUCUCCUGUUGACUUAACUCCAAGACCUGGGAGUCACACAAUAGAGUUUUUUGAGAUGUGUGCAAAUCUAAUCAAAAUACUUGCACAGUGAAUCUAAAACUUUGCUUAUUUCUUUGAUAGCAAUAAGCAUGCAUAAUAAAUAACAGCCAAAUGCUUCCAUUUGCAAUCAAGUAAUACAUAAUUCUGAGGAUUAGCCUUUUAGAAUGCAAUUUGCACAGGGAUUGGAACAUGAUUAAUAGUUUAAAGCCUAAUGUGCAGAAAUGAAUUAAGAUAAUUUUGUUGUUUAUUGUUCGUUAGGCAUCUAGCAUAAUAUACACACAAUGAAUUAUAGGUCUCUCAGGCUCACUUGAUUUUUUGCUAUUUUAUAUUUAGUGUACACAGGGCUUUGCAGAAUAUUAAUUUACCACAAAGGCCUUCAUGUGUAAUUACAUGUUUAUAUGUUAUAUUUGCUUCAUAAGUUCAUUCAAUAAAUAUUUGCCUAAAUUCCCAGAGACCAUUAUAGGUGAUUUUGUUUAAUGAGCCUAAUUUCUUAAAUAGCUAGUAUCUUCCAGUAAGUAGUAACAAUCUGGAUAACUUCUUCCAUAUUUACCUUUUAAAAUUCUGUACUAUGUCAUAAGUCAUAUCAGAUAUUAGACUCAAUUAAAAUUUUUUCUUUAGCUUGGUAAGUACAAAAUUACAAAGAAUUUAUAUGUUCAGGUACUCUAGGCACUAUGUUUAAUCUUACAGUUUGCCCUGCUAUAUUCUGUAUAUAAAGUGCUCUUUUUCUUUCAAGAGCUGGGUUGCAUAUACUGUAAAUAAAUAAUGUUGUUUUUGCCAAUUUCACAAAUUCCUCUGGCUCAUUAUGUCAGCCAGUAUUGAAUGUAUGCAAAAAUUUCUAGCCAUUUGAUUAUGUAGCUUUUAAACUGAAUGCAUAGAAAAAUUAUUUCUCAUAAACUUUUAAAUAUUUUGAUCUGGCUUUUGUCCCCCAAUUUUAAUAUGACCAUUUAAAAAAAUAGAAGCUGGAAGACUGUAGGGUGAUCACAUUUGUAUCUGCCACUUAAAUUGAACAGUUAUUAAUGUUUUGCCAUAUUUGCUUUCUUUAUAGCUAUAUGAGAAGGCUUCAGAAAGUUUAUGGAAAAAGGGAAUUAGAGAAUGUGAGUUUUGCAUGAACUUUUUGAAGCUCCCUCGUAUAUGUAUAAUAACAAAUAGGUAUGCAAAUCCAUGUGUGUAUUUAUAUACUUUUUUUACCCUGAAUCUUUGGGAUGUUACACAUUUAUCACUUCUAAAUACUUCAAGCAUCUCCUAAAAAUAAUGACAUUUUACUAAAAAUCCAUAAAACCAUUAAACUUAGUAAUUACUUACUGUCAUCUAAAACUCAACCCAUAUUUAUAUUUCCCCAUUAGCCUUCCAGAUUUCUUUUAUAGCUCGGUAUUUCAAGCCAGCGUCCAGCUAGUUUACACAUUGCAUUUGGUUAUAGCUGUUUAGUAAUAUAGAACAUUAGUUGAUACAAAGUAGAACAAAUCAGUUCUAAAUGGUCACAUUUGUUUUAGGUUUUUAAAAAUUUCUUUGAGAGGCAGGGACAGGAAGGCAGAGAAUUUCCAUCUAUGGGUUCAGUCUUCAAAUGCCCUCAGUAGUGGGGUUGGGUCAGGUGGAACCAGGAAUUUAGUGUUUGUCCUCCCACAUGGGUGCCAGGGAACCAACUAUUUGAGCUAUCACCCUCUGCCUCCCAGGUUCUUUAUUAGCAGAAAAAUGGAAAAGGAGCAGAGUGGGGAUUUGAACUCAAGCACUCAGAUAUGGGACAUGGGUGUCAACCACUAGGCUAGAUGCCUGCCUCAGUUUUUUUUUUUAAAUUAGCAUUAUGCUGUCUAUGUUUAUUCUUCCUAAGAUCUAUGAUUUACAUUUAUAUUUUCUCUUGUUCACUUAGUUUAUAGCAUCAUAUAACAGGUAUAAAUGAUGACUAAAAGUUGCCUCAGAUAAAACUGGUAUCAUGUAUAUGCUAAUAAAAAUGUAUAUUUACCCGUAUUUGCCUUAUAUUAUUAUUUAAACUUCAAGAAAUUUAUUCCUUUUGAUAUUUAUCAUUUCCCCAUUGUAACAGAACUUUUUAAAGAAUCAUUGCAUUUUAGGAUUUCUUCUGGGCAAGUAACCAGAUACUAAUGUACUCAAAUAUCAUGUAACUUGUAUAAGUGGUUAUUGAAGUUAUAAAUUUGACUCCAACAUCUCUAAAAUCAUGCACUGAGUUCAUAAGAGUAUUCUUGCUUCUUUUUCUUCAGGGCUUGUUGUAUUCGAUUUUGAAUUUGAAGUUAGUUAAACUGAAAGAAGUUCCAUUUAAAUAUGAGUUCAAAAAUGUAUUUAUGACUUGUUUGUAGUUCUCUGUUUUGGGGAUAUUGAUAUCACUUAGGCUCUCAAAAUGCAGCAUUAUGUUCCUGAUAUUAACAACAGAAGACUGUAUUUUUAAAGUUACAGAAUUGUAUAUAGAACUAAGUAAUGUCUCUGUAAGCUGUUGUGGGGAGGGUGGGUAUAUAAAGAGGAAUGAGUUAAAUAGGAACUUCUAAAAAUUGUUAAUUUUGUAAACUUUGCUUCUUUUAUAAGUUAUUGUGAUUACUUUUAGUUACUGAGUUUUAUUUUGAAUAUUUAAAUAUUGCACUUGUACAAAUAGUAUAAAAAAUGCACAGACUAUUGCAGUAAAUUCUUUUUUAAGCUAGGAUAUUUGAAAUGACAAUGUUUGGUUAAGUGUGUCAAGAUUGAAAUAGAAUUUUCACAAAUUUAUUGUAGUUUGCAAAUUCUUACUAAUUUUGAAGAUGUAAAGGGAGUCAAUGCAGAUGAUUUUUAAUCUUUUUUAUUUUUUCAGGCAAUUUAUAUUUUUUGUGAUUUUAUGCAACCAUAUUUUUACUUUGUCUUGACAACUGAAAGAUGUAUGAGGUUCUUGCCAGAAAUGUACUGUAUACAUAGUUUUAAAUAUAACAGAUUUUACUGAUAUGUAAAAAUUUUGCCAUUAAAAUUGAUUUCUCACUGAAAGGAACUUUUCUACCAGGUUGGGGCAUAUGGGAGCUUAUAUAUCAUAUCUAAUUUAAAAUAAUUUCACUGAAACAAAUUCCAUUGCUUUUAUGUUGAUUAUAUUAUUUUCUUAAGAUGCUUUUAUACUUUUUCAGAGUUUUAGAUAAUUUUAUACAAAAUUCUUCCCGCCCGCCCUUACACUGCUCUUUUUGAUCUUGCAGUAAUACCAUUUGCACUGAUUAAUGCUCUGUGGCCUGUGGCUAGAUGAACCCCAUGCAUCUAUGUUCUCACUAGCCCCUUUGGAAUGGAAAAAAAAAAAAAGUGUGUUGUCUAAAUCUUUUUUUCCUUAACUCCUUCCGCCAUCUUCCCAACCACAACAGAAAUCUCAUUUUCAUUGUGAGUUCUGACAGGAUGAAUGAAGUUCCAUAUUCAACAUAACUAAACUGUAAGAAGGGUAGAAAUCAAUCUUUGUGGUUUAUGUUUUGAUUGGAGUAUACAAUUUCAAGUACCUUGACUUAGAUGGUAUAAUAAAGAUGAACUUCAUUUUUCAUC